GGGGACGACAUUAUCGGCGUCGGGGGGGACGGAGGACGUUGCGGGGGCGGAGGCGGCUGUGGUGGCCUUCCGCUGGUCGAACUUCGAGAGGAGCGAAUCCGCGGACUCGGACUCCGAGAUUCCUUCUUCACUAUCACCCUCCUCAGGCUCAGGCUCUGGCGCAGGGUCUGGAGGGAGAUCUCCUCGCGCUUGAUCGGCGACAGUUUGAGGGAGGUGGGAGGUAGGGGAGACAGGGCGAGAGUGCCGCGAGGCCGAUCGAGAUGCGAGAGUACUUCGGGGUCCGAGCGGGUGUUGCGCUCGUCGGAUCGCUUUGUAGCGAGGGUAAUCCUCCUCGAUCGAUCGGGGUGUCCGAUUUGGGCACGGCUGCUGCUCGCAACGGUAGAGGACAGUCUCAGGGCCGUCUGGGAUGUAGACGUCGAUGAGGUCCUGGGAGUCGAAUGCGUGGAUCUGGCCUUGGCAGGCAGCCACGAUGGAUGGGGGGAGGACGGGAAGGUGCGCGUACUACGAAAGGCCGGUGCGCACCACCCGACCUAUGGGAAAGGAAAGUCAUGCCGACGCGGCCCCGGGGGCCGGUGA